AGCUCGGAAACGAUCGCAACCAGCGUUACGCCACCGACAUGCAGUCUCAUGAUCAUGAAAGAUAGCUCGGAGCAGCGCAGCAAUACCUAGCAACUUAUCCUGCCAUACCUCAACGGUCGAACCCAGUAUCGGUUUAUCCGCUCCAACCCACCACACCGCUAUGGUGCUCAACUCCCUCCCAUGGCGGCGAAAGACCAAAGCCGCACAACCCGACCCUUUCGAACCCACGCCUAUUCUCCGCCUUGCCUAUCAAGCCCCCGUGAAGCUCCUUCUGUACCAUGCCUACCACACGAUCACCUCGCUCCGCUCCAACCCCACACCCUCGCAGCCGCCUAUACGCAUCGUAUGCAUGUCUGAUACGCACGGCCACACCAUCGACUCCGUCCCAGACGGCGACAUCCUCAUACACGCGGGAGAUAUGACUGUAUAUGGCAGCAUCCCCGAGAUCCAGGCGCAAGUAGACUGGCUCUGCAGCCUCCCCCACAAAGAGAUAGUGGUCAUCAGCGGAAACCACGACACGUACCUCGAUCCGCGGACACGCCCGUCGCUACGCGAUGACCAGAGAGCUGGCGCGGUGGACUGGAAGCGCGUGCACUACCUGCAGCACCGCAGACUGAGUCUCAGCAUCGACGUUGACCCACCCGGCGCGGACGGCGAAGAAACAACACAUCUGCUCGCGAGGGAGACAAAGUCGAGGAGAGUGAGGAUAUACGGGGCGCCGCAGAUACCGGCGUGCGGCGAUGUGAAUGUGCACGCGUUUCAGUAUCCAAGGGGGAGGGAUGCGUGGUCUGAGACUGUACCCGAGGACACGGAUAUCCUGGUUACACAUACGCCACCGAAGUACCACAUGGAUUUGGCGCUGCCGAGCGGGAUGGGCUGCGAGCAUCUGGCGGCCGAGGUCAGGAGGGUGAAGCCUACGCUGCAUGUGUUUGGGCAUGUGCAUUGGGGGGCGGGGCACGAGGUGGUGUGGUGGGAGGGCUGCCACGAUGCUUAUGAAAAGGGUAUGCGGAUCGAGCCACGGUGGUUCAAGGGGUUGUUAAAUCCUGGGCUUUGGUGGAAUGUGUUUAGGGUUAUGUACAGAGGGAUACGAGAACUGAUUUGGGAUAAAGUGUGGGGUGGGCAGGGUCCAAACACCAUCAUGGUAAACGCUGCGCAAAUGCACGGCAACACUGGAAAGCUAGGCAACCCUAUUCAGGUGGUGGAUAUCUGACGAAUCAUGCCUCACGAGUUUAUAGUAGAUACCAUCGUAAUAG